AUGAGUCGCUCGUAUGGAAGCGGAGUUCUUCUCGCGAGCAUCAACCAAUUCCCAGUAUAUCGCAUUGGAACACCGAGUAUACGAUUCCAUCAACUCCCCGUCCACGCGCUACCCGCCCGUCUUGAUGUCUCCGCCUUUCGCCCGUUCUCCACCGUCGAAUCCUUAUACUGUCAGGAACUGUCAGGCGAAGCAACGGCCGUCGUCUUCGAGGCUGUCGGAAAAUUCCGAGAGGACGAGUUCUAUAUGACGACACACGGCAGACCGGAAGAAGAGUGUGGCGAUGAUAGAGGAUGGGAGGCAUGUUGCUGGGUGGAGAGUCCGUCGGGGGACGCGAAGCUGAGCAGUCAAUGGAGUCAGAUGAUGAGAGCCCUCCAUCUCAUAACCCUACGACACACUCUUCAAGACCCCAAGCGUCGCCAAACUCCCGGCACGCUCUUGCGAAUGGACAACCACGGAGUCACUCUCAAGAUUGGGUGGAGUCUCCGAGACAAGGCAUCCGGGACAAGUCGAGCCACUAGACUCCCAUUUUUCAACUCCUUUGCCGUCCACCGACCACCUCGAACAGCUAAGGACGUCGACUUCGAUCGCCUAGUCUCUGUAACGUUCACCUUAAGGAGCCUAGAAGAUGAUCGGGCGAGGACGUCUUAUUACGCAGAUCUACAGUCUGUAGUUCUUCUUGAUUACGCCUGA